AUGUCGACUACAAGCAACAUCGAUAGCGAGAAGAAUCCCAAGGAGGAGGAUGUUGCUGCUGCUGAGCCGGAGUAUCCACCUUUCGCCAAAGUGGUUGUUAUCAUUCUAGGGCUUUAUCUGUCUGUCUUCCUCGUCGCCCUGGACCAAACCAUCAUCUCGGUUGCCAUUCCAGAGAUCACGAACCAGUUCAAGAGUAUCGAGGAUAUAGCGUGGUAUGGUAGUGCGUACUUUCUGACGUCGACGGCCUUACAACCAUCCUAUGGCCGUCUUUACAAGAUUUUUAGUGCCAAAUGGGCAUUCCUCUUCGCCGUCUUCGUUUUUGAAGUGGGAUCUUUGAUCUGUGCUGUUGCGCCCUCAAGCACUGUACUCAUUGUCGGACGUGCCGUUGCUGGCAUUGGUGUUGCAGGCAUCUUCUCAGGGGCGCUGGUCAUCAUUGCGCUGUGUGUCCCAUUGGCUAAACGCCCUCUCGUAUUUGGCAUGUUUGGCAUGGUCUGGGGCAUUGCUUCCAUUGCUGGACCUUUGCUAGGCGGUGCAUUCACAGACUCAGUGUCGUGGAGAUGGUGCUUCUAUAUCAAUCUUCCCAUCGGCGGCGUAUCCAUGGGGAUAAUCGUCUUCAUCCUCCAACUGCCCGAGCAGAAAGACUCCAAAGGAACCCCCCUCCUCGACCGCAUCAAGCAGCUCGACUUCAUCGGCGCCUCCCUCGUCAUCCCCUGCAUCAUCUGCCUCCUGCUAGCCCUACAAUGGGGAGGAAACAAAUACCCCUGGAGCAACUCGCGCAUAAUCGGCCUCUUCAUCGGCUUCGGCCUCCUCGCCAUCCUCACCGUCGUCUCGCAGCUCAAACUCGGCGACCGCGCAACCCUCCCUCCCCGCAUCAUGAAGCAGCGCUCCGUCAUCGCCUCCACGGCCUACGCCCUCCUCUUCGGCGGCUCCUUCUUCGUCCUCGUCUACUACCUCCCCAUCUUCUUCCAGAGCGUCCGCGGCUCCUCCGCUAUGACCUCAGGGAUCCAGCUCCUCCCGCUCAUGCUCGCCACCGUCGUCUCCUCCGUGCUAUCCGGUAUCCUAGUCACAGUAUUCGGCUACUACACCCCCUUCCUCAUCGGCAGCACCGCCCUCGCCUCUAUCGGCGCAGGCUUGAUAACGCUCUAUUCAAUCGACAUCCCGAACGGCAAGUGGAUCGGAUACCAGAUCCUACUCGGCGCGGGCGUCGGCGCAGGGUUUCAGAUCCCACUGACGGCCGUGCAAACGAUCCUCAAGCCAGAGGAUAUCCCGCAGGGAACAGCGGCGGUAAUGUUCUUCCAGACACUGGGCGGAGCACUAUUCAUUGCUGUCGCGCAGUCGCUUUUCCAGAAUGGUCUUAUUGACGGGGUGGGGAGGUUUGCGCCCUCGGUUGACCCGGCGAGGAUUGUUGAGGCUGGCGCGACGGAGAUGAGAAAUGUGCUGGAGGAUCUGGGGCAGCUGGAUCAGGUCCGGAAUGUGAUUUUGGCGUUUUUGAAUGGGUUGACAGAUACAUAUAGAUUGAGUCUGGCGCUGUUUUGUGUUGCGUUUGUGGUGAGUUGUUGCUUUGAGUGGAAGAGUGUGAAGAAGGCCGGUGGGAAUGUGGAGGCGGUGCCUGCUUUGUAG